AUGAAUGACAAGAAGCCAACUGAGAAUGAUGAAGCUAGCAGCAAGAAUGAUGCUACACUCAACAAGGAUGGUCAAGAGAAGCCUGAAGAGGGAGAGAAACAGCCACAAAUCUCAAGGAAAGGGAAGCAAAUAAUGGAAGAAUCAUCUCAAGGACAUAAGCAAGUGGAGAAAACUUUCACACCUCCCUUGCCAUACCCUCAAAGGUUCAACAAGAAAACCAAGGAUCAAUACUUCCCCAUAUUCCUUGAAGUUUUCAAGAAAUUGAAAAUUAUCAGUAAGAAGAGAAGCUGUCAUGAGAAGGAGACCAUUAUGCUCACACAAGAGUGCAGUGCUGUAAUUCAAAGAGGGGCCAGCAUUAAUCUAAUUCCCUAUUCCAUGAUGAGAAAACUAUGCAUAGAGGAGGUAAAGCCCACACAGAUGUCACUAGAGCUCGUGGACAAAUCAUUGGUGUUUCCCAAAGGAGUAAUUAAAAACCUUUUGGUCAAGGUGGAUAAGUUCAUAUUCCCUGCAGACUUUGUGAUCCUAGAUCUAGGGGAAGAAGGGAGUGACUCCAUUAUCCUGGGGAGACCCUUCUUGGCCACAACAAGGGCCAUAAUAGAUGUUAAGCAAAGAGAGUUCACCCUGAGGGUACAUGAUGAAAGAAUCACUCUGAAUGUCUUUCCAGAGGCACAAUCUAUUACUGAAAAAGAAAGCUGCAUAGAGGUUGACAAGGAAGACUUGUAG